AUGCUCUCACAGCGACAUUCCGCUAUCGUGAAAGAACACUCGCUUUUUGGACAGAAGUUUAACAGCAAGAUGUCGAUGUAUAUUGCAGGUUAUUUCCGUUGUAGGCUAACAUUGGCUAGUGGCAAUUCACGUCGUCCACGCAUAUCUGCAACAGAACCGGUAGUUCGUCAGGUCUCCGAUACUGUUCUUACCAUAAAGCCGGAGAAGGUGGCUAUUUCAACUCCCAUUCCCAACCCCUCCACCACCACCGCAGCAACAACAUGCGCUAUUUCUAACGCUGCAUCGCCAUCACAGCCGCCGCUGCCGCGCCUUACUGUAAUCACCAAGACCCUAGAGGACGGCAGCCCGCAAACCAUCAUCAAGGCCACCUCCAGUACGACUUCUACCUCCUCCUCGGACAAAUCAAACCAUUGUCACACUUCAAUGGAGGGUGGCAGUCCCAUCGGCACGACACUGCCACCACCACCGUCUGAUGCGGAGUUUGACAGUGCAGAGCGAAAGCGUAAGAAGUCAAAGAAGCACAAACGUCGU